AUGGAUAUAGCAACAGGUCCCGAAUCGCUGGAGAGGUGCUUCCCCCGCGGGCAGACGGACUGCGCUAAGAUGUUGGACGGCAUCAAGAUGGAGGAGCACGCCUUGCGCCCCGGGCCCGCCACUCUGGGGGUGCUGCUGGGCUCGGACUGCCCGCAUCCCGCCGUCUGCGAGGGCUGCCAGCGGCCCAUCUCCGACCGCUUCCUGAUGCGAGUCAACGAGUCGUCCUGGCACGAGGAGUGUUUGCAGUGCGCGGCGUGUCAGCAAGCCCUCACCACCAGCUGCUACUUCCGGGAUCGGAAACUGUACUGCAAACAAGACUACCAACAGCUCUUCGCGGCCAAGUGCAGCGGCUGCAUGGAGAAGAUCGCCCCCACUGAGUUUGUGAUGCGGGCCCUGGAGUGCGUGUACCACCUGGGCUGCUUCUGCUGCUGCGUGUGUGAGCGGCAGCUACGCAAGGGCGACGAGUUUGUGCUCAAGGAGGGCCAGCUGCUGUGCAAAGGUGACUACGAGAAGGAAAAGGACCUACUCAGCUCUGUGAGCCCCGACGAGUCUGACUCCGUGAAGAGUGAGGAUGAGGAUGGCGACAUGAAGCCGGCCAAGGGACAGGGCAGCCAGAGUAAGGGCAGUGGGGACGACGGGAAGGACCCUCGGAGGCCCAAGCGACCCCGGACCAUCCUCACGACACAGCAGCGAAGAGCCUUCAAGGCCUCAUUUGAGGUCUCCUCCAAGCCCUGCCGGAAGGUCCGAGAGACACUGGCGGCAGAGACGGGCCUCAGCGUGCGCGUGGUCCAGGUCUGGUUUCAGAACCAAAGAGCAAAGAUGAAGAAGUUGGCGCGGCGGCACCAGCAGCAGCAGGAGCAGCAGAACUCCCAGCGGCUGGGCCAAGAGGUGCUGUCGAGUCGCAUGGAGGGCAUGAUGGCCUCCUACACGCCACUGGCCCCGCCGCAGCAGCAGAUCGUGGCCAUGGAGCAGAGCCCCUAUGGCAGCAGCGACCCCUUCCAGCAGGGCCUCACGCCACCCCAAAUGCCAGGUGACCACAUGAACCCCUAUGGGAACGACUCCAUCUUCCACGACAUCGACAGCGAUACCUCCUUAACCAGCCUCAGCGACUGCUUCCUCGGCUCCUCGGAUGUGGGCUCCCUCCAGGCCCGCGUGGGGAACCCCAUCGACAGGCUCUACUCCAUGCAGAGUUCCUACUUCGCCUCCUGAGAGCCAGCCAGGCCGCACGGACGCUUGGGCAAGGGUCCUGGGGUGGGACUGCGGGCCGCAGAGGCCACCUCGCCACCCCUGGCCCCGCCGCCCGCACAGACUCUACACACAGCCAUACGGUGCCCUCCCUUCGGCCAACUGGGCCUGGCUAAAGUGUCCACUGGGCACAGCCAGACAGGCAGAUGGGCACAACCUGGGCAGGGGCUGUGUCCUGCCCACAGAGACCGUGUUAUCCCCAGGGACCCAGAGCUCUCAGACAGCCACUCGCCUCCCAGCCCCACCUCGGCCUCCAUCGCCUCCUUCCCCCUCCCCCCCAUCUCUUUUAUGGGAAGCUUAAAUUCUCUCUAUUUUUUUAAACAUCCUCUCUGUCCAGGCCAUCUCCAUGGCGCAGGCAUAGGUCGAGGCAGGGCCCCCAUGCAUGCCCCAGACGAUGAUGUGAGCAGCGUGUGUACCUGUGUCCCGCACUGUGCAUCUCCUGCACCUCUGAGGGCAGGCCCGCCAGCCUAGGAUCACCCCUUCCAGCUGGAGCCUGGAGCAGGACUAGGGAAGAGCCUAGCAGGUGGGCCAAGCCCACCACAGCUCUACCCUGAUUGGGAAUCAUGGGGGUGGGUAGGUUAAGCCCAGGCUGACUUAAAGGGAUGGAGACAUACAUGCAAAUGCACACAUUGAAAGGCACACCAAUGAGGAUACGCACAGAGAUACAUAGACAACGCUGAAAGAGAGAGGCCUCUGCAGGUCAGCCUUGCCUUGUAAGGAAGUGGAAAGAGAACAGACAGGGGCAGGGAGCCCCUCUGGUAGCAAUAGGAGGGGAGGGAGGAAGGGAUAGAGCAGGGGUGAGUUCAAAGCACAGGGACACAGAUGUAUCUUAGCCUCCACCCAGAGGGGGACUGCCUGGGCAGAGACAGAGACCCCAGAACCAGGUAGAAUCAGGCCAAAUAGCAGAACCUCUAGGUGGAAAGGCAUCUCAAAAGUCACCCACUUGGCACUCCAUCGGAUGUUUGGCUCCUGCCCAAGCCACUUCUGCCUCUCCUCACAUACCUCCAGUGACAAGGAGCCCACUACUUCAUUAGGCCCACUACUUCAUUCAGCUGCCUUUUCUGCGGAUUUCAGCUCUGCCCUUUUCAGCCCUGAGUCCUCACUUCUCAAAGCCAGGCUUUUCCAGCUUUUCCAGCUCUUCCUUUUAAAACCAUACCCCUACCCCCUCAGCCUUGGUCCAGCUUUCCCUCUAAACGUGUGGAAAAGAUAUAACCCAGUCUUCCCACUGGCAUCAGCCAGCCAAAGGAAGCAGGCCAGUCAGUUCCCCCACUUUAGGCACCCUGCCUCUGUUAAUGUGGCCUGAGAUCCAGUGAAUGGUUUAGGCCACAUAACCUUGGAUACUCACCCCGACUUUUGUAACCAGAGCCCCUGACCCUGACACACCUGUGACAACUAAGCCUCUUCUCUGUGUGGAGGGGGCACUUAUUCGCUGGAGAUCCAGUGAAGGACCUUGUCUUGUUACGUUUCCUCUUAUUUGAUUCAGUUCAGCCUAUGGAAUUUCUCUGCACCCCAACUCUCUGACCACUGGUUUGCUCUCCCUCCUGAGCACAUCUGCUGAUGUAGGGAGUUGGCCUUGUGUGUCUCACCCAAGGCAUGUGGAAAUGCCCUGCUAGGAGCCAGAUAUACUGUAUCAACCUCUGCCCCCAAUCUACUCAACUCUAACCCCAGCAAAAGAAGACGUGAGGCCAGGCUGAUGGGCCCUGUGCUCAGUGACUCCUUGCUGGCCCCUGGAGGUCUCUGUGUCCUCAGCCAGUGCUUAUGACCCUGCCUUUCACUCUAACACUGAGCCCUCGGCUGCAGAGCCCUGCCGGGUCCAGCCUUUGAGCGGAUGAGAUGAUGAGUGUCUCUCCACCUUUGGGCCCCUCUGUCUGGCCCUUUCUGGGAUCCUCAAAGUUCACCAACAUCCUCCAUCGUUUUGCUUCUCUGUCGUCUGGGGAGACCUCAGUCUCUCCAGAGCAUCCUGAGCCAAUCUCCCUGCUCCUCCUGGCCUUCUGCACUCACACCUCGCUACACUCUUCACCAGGGCAAAGCUGUCAGAGCGCAGAUGCAGCUCAGAGUCAGCCCUCAGUUCCCAGCAGCCAGCCUGGCACUUCUGGGCUCUUCCUGUCCCACACAGAACUUCCACAGGGUCUCAGCCGAUGUCCUGGAUCGUUCUGCAGCCUCAGCCCACCCAGCUUCUUGCCAUCUCUUGGUCCUGGGUCACCACUGGUCCCUUAGGCAGCCACUCUGAUUUCUUGAAAGAUGGCUCCCUUUCCCCUCUUGUGCCCACAUAGUUGAAUCGUGCCAGGGACACUUGGGGUAGGUCCAGGGUUAGAUCCCCCCGACCCUAGUAGGCCUGGCCUUCUCUCCCAGACUCCUUACGUUGGAAGGAACCUCAGGAAUGGGUCAACUAGUCCACGCUUUAUUCUGCAGCUGGAAAACGUGGGCCAGGAGAGGGGCGGGGACAAGGCCUCUGGCAGCUAGUCAAGGACAGAGCUGGAGCGGAGGACAGAGACAGUACGCCAGCUCCUCAUCCUCUGUCUGGUGAAUGACCUCCAGGUCGAGGGGCAAGUACACGUGCCACUCUGGGGCCUCACAAACCCCAAGUCCAGCCUGGGCUCUGCCUCUGCCAUUACACUGCCCCCUGCCAUGCUGAUGACCCCCAGAUUGUGAAGGCCCGAGGGACCUCAGCCCCUCGUGCCGGAGAUGGCCCAUCAGCCAGUUUAGGUGACGCCUUCACUGUACCACAGCUCGCUGCCGCCAGGUUCUGAUGCCUACUCUGGCCAGCCCUGGACUGGGUGUGGGGACACAGAUGAGCAAGAUGUAGCCCUCCCCCCACCCCCCACCUGGAGGGGCUCUCUCCUAGGAGGAGAGACAUACACAUUCCGUCCCAAGCCUGUCUGGACAUUGUUGGGGACCCAUUUCUCAGAUGAGGAACCUGAGGCUCAGAGGUUACCAAGCAGAAGCACACAGAGAGCUGAGCAGGCUUGCUGGGGUCUGGGGUGAGCUGAGAUGACCAGGCUCUUCCCUUUUCGUGUAGGAAGCACAGCCUUGACUGGGGGGUAGGGGGUGUGAGUAGCCAGGACCACCCUCACCCCUGCUGUGAUGUGGGACCACCAUCACGUGGUGCCUAGGUGGGAAGCCCAAGGGAACGGGGAGUCUGUGUCUGGGUGGGCAGGGGGAAGUGUCAGAAAAGCGGAGUUCUACUUCCCCAUUGGGAAGCUGACGCUCAGAGAGAGGAAGGAAUCUGCCCCAGGUAACACAUCAAGUGUUACCACCUCCCCCAUGGAGCCUUCUAGGGAGGUCACACAGAGGGACACUGUGGUUCUAAGGGUCAGACCACGGGCCCAGCAGAGCCUGUAGAGAAGGGACCAGUGCCAGUGGGCUGGGCAUCUUGGGAGGCUUCCUGGAGGGGAUGAGGUGGGGGGGGGGGGUCCACCAUGUCCAGAUGAGCAGGGGCCUAGCAGUGAGGCUUGGCGGAAGAGAGUUGGCUGAACCCUGCCUGGCUCCAGCCUAUGCUCUGGGCACCACCUGGGGUGAGAAUCUCAUCUCCCAUCUGGGACAACCUGCAGCUCUGGGGCUCACUCUGCCCCAUGGGGAAGGGGUCCACGCUCACAGGCACGCACACAGACACACACUCACACCCAGAUACACACAAAGGCUCACGGACCCACACUCACAGACACGCCGCCUGGGGGCCAGGGGAGCAGGAGGUUUGGCCCUUGGACGGUGUCCUUUGCGGUAGUCCUCUCUGCUGGGCCCCCGCCCCCACCAGGGUCCCCCGGGAGCCCAGCCCAGCUGUGUGGGGGGACCGGGCCACCAGCCAUUGCUGUUCUCCUUGUACAGACUCUCACUGUCCACCCGCCAUCCCCAGACACAUUUUAUUUAAUAACUUGUCAUUGUUAAAUUAUUUAUUAGCGUUUACCACAUCACCACUCCCACCCUGCCCUCCACUCUCACCUUCUGCCUCUUCCCACAAAAGCAGAAAAUGGAAACAACAACAAAAAAAAAGAUGAGACAUCAGUAUAUUUGUAAAUAAACCAACCUGUA